CCGCGCGCGCGCACCAUCACGCACCAGAUAUCGUGCUGCCGUUGACUCACAGAGGAACAUGAUGAUCCACACCGUGGAGGUGACGAUGGUGAUGAGGAACCCUUUUUCUAGAAGGAUUUGCUCGGCAGAAGAUGGAUUUCAUGGAUAAACUUUGUGAGUCCUCAUGAGAGACGAGCAGAGAGAAAUGGAGGACCGACAACGGCGGACCCGGAGACUCACGACGAAGUCCCGUGUCUUAAAGGAGACCAAGCUCCGGUUACGUGUCAUCUUCCUGGAUGACAGCGAGCGCACAUUCGAAGUGGAGCCAAAGGUUUUAGGCGGAGACUUCUUCAACAAAGUGUGUGGCCAUCUGAAACUGCUGGAGAAGGAGUACUUUGGGCUGGAGUUCAGACACCACAGUGGAAAUUAUGUUUGGUUGGAACUCCUGAAGCCACUCAUCAAACAGAUCAAAUACACAAAUGAUUUAUUCUUCAGGUUUAUAGUCAAAUUUUUCCCACCAGAUCCCGGCCAACUUAAGAGAGGCCUCACCAGAUAUCUUUUUGCCUUACAGAUAAAGCAGGAUUUGUCUAAUGGCAGUCUGACCUGCAAUGACAAUAGCGCUGCCCUUUUGGUGUCUCACAUUCUGCAGUCAGAGCAAGGGGACUAUGACGAGGAGCUGGACUUUCAGCAUUUGGAGAUGAAGCACUACGUGCCCAACCAGGAAUAUCUGGACCACAAGAUCAUAAAGUUUCAUAAGAAGCACAGAGGAAUCUCUCCAGCAGAUUCUGACAUCCACCUGCUGGAGGUAGCUAGGAAGCUGGACAUGUACGGCAUUAGGCCUCAUCCUGCCCGUGAUGGAGAGGGAUUGAGGAUCAACCUGGCUGUCACACACUCUGGAGUACUAGUCUUUCAGGGAAACACUAAAAUCAACACAUUUAGCUGGGCGAAGAUUCGCAAGCUAAGCUUCAAGCGCCAGCAUUUUCUCAUCAAACUACACAAUAAAGUUGGGCCAUGUAAGGACACGUUAGAGUUCACUAUGGCCAGUCGUGAUGUAUGUAAAUCAUUCUGGAAGACGUGUGUGGAGUACCACGCGUUCUUCAGGCUGGCUGAGGAGCCAAAAGCUGUGCACAAGACACUGCUGUCCUGUAAAGGCUCCAGGUUUCGAUACAGUGGGCGGACCCAGAAACAACUUCUAGAAUGCAUGGGAUCAGGGGAGAAGAAGCCUUCACACUUUGAGAGGACUCAUUAUCAGUCGGACUAUGACCCCAGGCAGUGUCGAUCUUCUCCUGAUCUCCUCACUGAUGUUUCUAAACAACAGUAUGAACAACCGUUCCCCCAGUCAAGCCAUGCUCUGGAGGUCCACAGUCAGGAUGAAUUGAACCCACAUCACAGAGGUGAGGACAACAUAGAAAUCGGUGACAGAGGCACCAAACGCAGCCAAUCAUCUGUUGAGGUCAACCACAGUUCCUGCCCCCUCUCUGAAAUGACUCCCUUUCCUCCAUUUGCCAACCAAUCAACCUCCUUGCUAAGAUCUGCUUCAACCUCUUUGAUGGAGGACAUGAGGCGGGGGCGGAUUGGGGUACAGCGGCAAGCCCAAAGGCUAGCUGGGGUGUAUGGGAACCGGUCACGACGUCGGCCCAACCCCCAGCCGCAUCCAGAUGCUGAACAGCAGCUGGUUCUUCUCUACCCAAACAGCCCUGCUUACCAGUAUCACCCUGUCCUUCCAUCAUUCCCAUUAACUGGUUCGUCACCACUCAGUCGACAUCUAUACUUGACGGACUACGUUGCAGUUUCCUCACUAGAGCGCUUUCCACAUCCAAGAAGGCAAGAUUAUGCGACCAUGGAUGGCAUAUCCCGGCCGUCUUUCUACCCACUGAGCCACAAUUCACAUUCUCUUUCACCAAUCAGACGCAACCUUCACCUCUCGGGUUCAGGCGGGCUGGGAACAACUAGGGUGUACCAACUGGGAAGCAAAGGGGCAAGGUUCCUUGGUGUUGGACAUGCGGAGGCAGGCCAUUACAGUGAUGACUCCAACUUUCUCCCAGGGCUGCCUCGCCAUGUGGCCAGCCAACCAGAUGUCAAAUUCCAACUCUCAAGGAGAUUGAACCCUGCCUUUAACCCUGCCUCUGAGUUUCGUCCCCUUGGUUACUACCCCCACUUGACACGCCCCUCUAGACCCACCUACCUCCCACUAAAUUCCUCCCCUCCACCUGAACAACCCACUUCACUAUGCAUGAUUGGGAGCACUGCUGGAAGCUACAGUGACUCAGACCCAGAGGUUUUCUAUCCAUAUUAUUGCCCACCCACACGGCUGGGUAAGGUGGUACAAUCGGCUGGACUGGCCAGGAUGAGAUUUUCUUCUGGGAGUCUCCAACUUGAUGAAGAAGAAGAAGGAGAGGAGGAAGGGGAGGAGGAAGCACUCGAGAAAAGAGCAAAAAAGGAGUUGAAGAGUGAAGAGAAGAAAGAGAAAAGCGAAAGAGGGGAUAAGAAAGGAGUUUUGAAGAUUACUGAAGUCACACUGUAGAUAACGAUGAUAACAUUACAAGGGUUCAUGAUGUGACCACAGUUGGGACUGGCAGGAUAAAAUACAAAUCAUAAAAAUCUAAAUAUGUGUGAUGUCAGAGAGGUGUAAUGUUGGGAGGUACACUGGCAGAUAAAAUGUUUUUUUUUUUUUUUUUUUUUUUUGUUUUAACCUCAUUCUGAAAAGUUGCUGCUUUUCAGUAGCAACAUUACAUUUAAAAUGACAUCCAUGUUAUCCUCAAGACUGACUGUCCAGGAUCAACCCAAGUAAUUCAUACAAAGAAACCAAAACAAAUAAGUUCAGAAAUUAAAUUAUGUGUAAUAGUGUAAAAUAAUAUAGGGAAAAGUAUUGAAUGCGCUUACUGAUAUUUAAUACUUUGUACAAAAGCCUUUGUUAGUAAUGACAGCUUCAAGAUGGCUCCUGUAUGGAGAAACUAGUCACAUGCAUUGCUCAGGUGUGAUUUUGGCCCAUUCUUCCACCCAAACAGUCUUUAAAUCUUGAAGGUUCUGUGGGCCUCUUCUGUGAACUCUGAUUUUUAGUUCUUUCCAUAGAUUUUCAAUUGGAUUCAAGUCAGGUGUUUGGCUGAGCCGUUCUAGCAGCUCUAUUUUCUUUCUCUGAAGCCAGAGAAGGUAGAUGGCAGCAGAUUUUUCUCAAGAAUGUCUCGGCACAUUUUUCCAUUCACCCUCCAUUCAAUUUUAUGAAAUUUGCCAGUACUAUAUGCAGAAAAACAGCCCCACACCAUGAUGUUCCCACCUCCAAACUUCACUUUUGGUAUGGUGUUUUUGGGAUGAUGUGCAUUGCAUUUUGUCCUCAAAACAUGGUGUGUGAGUUCAAUUUUGCUCUCAUCUGACCAGACCAUGUUUUCCCAGUAUUUUACAGGCCAGCACAAAUGUUGUGCUGCAGACUGUAAAAAGUUUUCAAUAUGCUUUUCUUCAGAAAUGUGUUGCCUGGUGAGCGUGCAUACAGGCUGUGGCUGUUGAGUACAUUCUUUAUUGUUUUCUUUGAAACAAUUGUACCUGCUAAUUCCAGGUCUUUCUGAAGCUCUCCACAAGUGGUCCUUGGCUCUUGGACCACUAUUUUGAUAAUUCUUUUCACUCCUCUGUCAGAAACCCUGCGAGGAGCACCUGGUUGUGGCCACUUCCGGAAUAUGGGCCCAACAGUGCUCACUGGAACGUUCAAGUUUAGAAAUCCUUCUGUAACCAAUGCCAUCAGAAUGUUUUGCAACAAUAAGGUCAAGAAGGUCUUGAGAGAGUUCAUUGCAUUUAAUCAUCAUGAGAUGUUUCUUGUGUGACACCUUGGUAAUGACACACCUUUUUAUAGGCCAUCAGUUUGGAUGGAACCAGCUGAUAUUCAUUUGUACUGACAAGGGGCAGGCUGACUGUCUAAUCACUGAUAGAUUUCAGCUGGUGUC